AUGCAGCUUCGACACGGCAAAGGGGCCCGCGCGGCAAAGGGGUCAUUGGUUGCUAUGAGUGCUCUAGCAGGUGCCACAUCCGCCGCACCUCUGCAGGUGAAAUUGGGAGAUGCCAAGAGCUGCUCACCGAUGAGCAUCGAAUGGGACACGACUGGGGGCACAGCACCAUGGACAGUGUCUAUCGUUCCUACCAACCACGUCUCUACCACGUUGACAUUCCCAAGCGGCUACACUAGCGACAAGACGUGGUCAUACGAUUGGGAUGUGCCAGGCUUCAAAGAUUCGGGUUCCAGUGUCAUCGUAGGCGUUUCUGACGCAUCCGGCAAGGUUGCGGGCGUCUCGCAAUUUCAGCCCAUCUCAACGGGUGGCAGCUGUUCCGCGCCUUCAGAGUCGCUUGAUUUUGUCUGGUUCGGGCCAGAGACAUCUCCGCGCGCCUGCAGCGCAUGGCCGAUCCAGUGGCAGGAAGACGCUUCGAACAACGGCAUCGGCGAUCCAGUCUCGGUUACAUUCCUGCCAGAGGGAGGUGUACCCUCAACAUACACGGCGUCAAAGGGCGACAAGAAGUUUGACUGGCAGGUGUCAUAUCCCCGCGGCACUCGCUUCACCGUUGCAAUGACCGACAAUGGCAAGAGCGGAUCAGGAGGAGUUGGCCUGAUCUACACCGUCUCCAGCGCUCGAGGGUCGGCUUCCUGCGAUGCUGCGAAUCCCGGUCUGACGCAAGGUCUAAUGGCUGCCACCUCUAGUGUACCCAAGCAAGCGACUCCAGCUAGCAGCAACGCCGCACACAAGGCGACGAGCACUUCCAGCAAGGGCAACACCUCCCAGAAGAGUGGGCAGCCCCGCAAUCCGAGUGCUGACGAUGCCGCCAAGGAAGAGAACAGUAGCUCGAACGGCGGGGCGAUUGCUGGGGGCAUCAUUGGAGCUCUGCUUGGUAUAUCGCUGAUUGCAGGAGCGAUCUUCUGGUGGAAGCGGAAAAGGGGCCAAGACGAAAAGUCAAAGCCGUUUGACGACCAAUUCGUAUCACCUUGGAGGUACGAAGUGGAUGGUCAGCCAGCAUCAGGUAGCGGUGGUCGCUUCCGCGCGAUGAGCUCCAUGUUCUCUGCUAUGGCAGGGCCGAAGAAAUCUGCAGCAGCAGAAGAUUCCUACGCGCGGGGCUAUGGAGCCAAUGACACGACGGGACUCGUGGCCGCAAAUAGGCUCGAUGGACAAGCGGAAACGAGCUCUAUCGGCUCUGUCUACCCCGCGACAGCUGCUGGCAUGCACCGACGCACACCAUCACAAUUUGGUGCCAGCUCCGGGCACGGUGCUCCGCCAAGUACCAGGACAACGCGUACGAACCGUAGUCGCGCUCCCAGCGUCCACUCCACCGUGCCAGAUGAUGCGCUUUUUCCGCCUCCUGCUCCUCGCGUGGUUCCGGAUGACGCUUUGUUCCCACCUCUAGCUUCUCGCGCGCCAUCUUCACUUGCUUCACGUAGCAACAUUGGCACUCCGAUCGGCGGUGUUGGUGCCGGAGUCGGAUCAGGCAUGGCGCCGGCGGAGGAGGCACCGCUGAACCCCAGCCAGAGGAGCAGCGAAUUAAUUGGAAAGCGAGAAUCCAGGUCACCUCGUCAAGGCCGAGGGGCACGCGCUUCCGAACUUGAUGUGCUAGAGCGCACCCUCAAGCGCGAACGCGACGCGGCACACCCUCCCAGCUCCUCUCAUACUGACCACGAGACUGCACUUCAUGUGCGACGAGAGUCAGCGCGCAGCGUGGAAGAUGACGUCACCACACGCUACCAUCCCGUUGGCAAAACAUCGGCAUUGGAUCCGUACACCCACAUGUCCACACUGUACGAUGAUGCGGAAGUCGCCUCUCGAUUGAAGCAGUACGAAGCUACUCGCAAGCAAGGGGAAGGGGCAAAGGCAAAGGCUUCCUCACCGGCAACUCGCGCGGGCGGGCUGCCCACGCCCCUGAAUAAUUUGCCAAGCCGCUCACCACCCGAAGUCGCGUGCGAAGUCAUGAUGCCCACCUCUCCGUUCCGCGACCCGCCCAAGACGUACACAGCUCAGCGGCUGUACGACACCCAGAUGCAGCAGGUGCAACCGCAGCUGCAGGCUCGACAGGUCUCGGAAAGCUGGGAGGAACAAAAGCGGCGUCAGCAAAGAGAGUUUGAGCAGCAGCAGCAGCAGUCUCGUCAGUAUCAAUCCAAGCCCGCGCUCGCACCGCACGGUCCAGCGCCAGGAGGACCAAAAAUCUUCCGCUCCCAAGCCGAUAUCAGGAGGUCUAGCGUAUCUUCGAUCGAUAGCGCUGACGGGCUCGCCUAUCUAUGA